AUGCAGGCUAAAGCACUGGUAAAGAGAAAAGUUUUUCCAGAAAUUACUGAAAAAGAAAAAUCUGAUGAUGAAUCUGACAAGCAAGCCUUUGUACCGGAUGAUGAAGACAUGGAUGUUGAUGAAAUAGGACAGUCUGUAUGUGAUGAUAAAGACGCCGUUUGCCUAUUUUGUGAUGAACGUUUUUCUGAAAACCAGAUAGGAGAGCUUUGGGUUCGUUGCAUUAUGUGCAACCUGUGGGCACAUGAACAAUGUUCAGGGGCUGAAAAAGACGAUUACGUAUGUGACUUUUGUCGUUAA